UCCAACAUGGCUGCCGGUUGUUAAAGUAGAAAUUACAAUAACAAACUGUCUUUCUUGAACGAUCACAACAAGAUGCAUCGCAAUCUUUACCCUGCUACGGCUCCUAAGAUCGUCAAUGCCCCGGUGGUUAUAGCCAUGGUUGGUUUGCCCGCCCGGGGAAAGAGCUACAUAUCAAGGAAGCUAGCCAGAUAUUUGAACUGGAUUGGAGUCAGCACCAAAGUUUUUAGUCUUGGGGACUAUCGACGUAAGAUGAUGGAUGGUUCUCAUUUUGAUCACUCAUUCUUUGAUCCUAACAACCCCAACGGCAUGAUGAUACGAGAAAAAUGUGCAGAACUCAUCUUAGAUGACAUAGUUAAAUGGCUGGAAGGAAAGCAAAAAGUUGCUAUUUUUGAUGCCACAAACUCUUCUCGUAAAAGAAGACAACACAUUAUUGAGCACUGUAUGAAGAAUGAAUGCAAAGUUUUAUUCAUAGAAUCGGUAGUGGAUGAUCCUGCUAUUGUCAGAGCAAAUGUCAUGGCUGUUAAGAUCAGUUCACCAGAUUACACUGAUGUACCCUCUGAAGAAGCUUGUGAAGAUUUUUUGGCACGAAUAGAGCACUAUAAUCAGGCUUAUGAACCCCUUUGUAUGGCAGAAGAUAGGCAUAUUUCAUACAUGAAGAUCAUCAAUGGUGGAAAGAAUUUUGUUGUGAAUAAACUACAAGGUUACUUGGAGAGUAGAAUAGUCUACUAUCUAAUGAAUAUUCAUAUCACUCCAGGAGCCAUCUACCUAACUAGGCAUGGAGAAAGCAUGUACAACCUUAAAGGAAGAAUUGGAGGGGAUUCUGACUUGUCGCAAAGAGGAAUUGCUUAUGCCUAUAAGCUUGCUGAAUUUAUGCAAAGCCAGAACCUUGAAGAUCUUAAGGUUUGGACAAGUGAAUAUAAAAGGACAAUUCAAACAGCUGCUGCAAUGAAAGAUGUGCCAAUGGAACAGUGGAAGGCAAUCAAUGAGAUAGAUGCUGGAGUAUGUGAAGGAAUGACUUAUGAAGAAAUCCAAGAGAAAUACCCUGCAGAUUUUGCCAAAAGAGAUGAAGAUAAAUUCCAUUAUCGAUAUUCUAGAGGAGAGUCCUAUGAAGAUUUAGUGGCACGACUAGAACCAGUCAUUAUGGAGCUUGAACGCCAGAAGAAUGUCCUUGUAAUAUGUCAUCAGGCUGUUGCUCGUUGUCUACUUGCUUACUUUCUGGACAAGAAUUAUGAGGAACUUCCAUACAUCAAAGUCCCAUUACACAGUGUUCUAAAACUGACUUCAGUAGCUUAUGGAUGUCAAGUUGAGCAGUUUGACCUGAAUGUUCCUGCUGUAAAUACUCAUCGAGAAAGACCUAAGAAUGUAUCCAUCAGCCGUGAUUCUGAACACGCGCUAGAGACCGUUCCAGCACACGAAUAGUUUGAAGUAAUGCUUGAAAACCGUAGCGAAAGUCGGUGAAUUAAUCAAUAUGUGUAGUCACUAAAUAUCGGCAACUUGGCCAACGAUCGAGAAGAAUCACGACAAUGCCCACUGUGCAGUAGAAAACAAUAACAUAUAGCUUUUAGUUAGGAUUAAUUUCCAAAAUUUUAAAUCAGACACAAUGUUAUGAAGUAACUGUCAUGAUUCUCGCUUCUGAUUGGUUGAAGUGAAUGCUUUAUAGGAGCACACAGCACACGCGUGCUUUUUCUAUUUUUUUACCAUUUUCUUUCAUUUUCACGAAGUUCCUCCUUUCACAUGACGUCUUCGUUUUUAAUUUAUAUUUUCUUAGCUGAAGAUAAAAUGAUAGCACAUGUUUAGGUAGGAGUUUUGUAUAAUGAAUACCUAGUGCAUGGUAGAGUGCAAACCAUAUAUUCGUGAAGAGCACAACAACUCUACAGCACUGAACACAUUUAUAUAUUUUGUUUUCAUUUGUUUCAUUGGUGCUAUUUUGUACUAAUUAGUUAGUACUAUUUCACAGAUAUGUGGUUUGAAAGCCAUUACAUCUAUAGACCCCUUGCAUGUGACUUCGAAGAAGUUCAAUUUGGAAGACAAAACAAAAUAAUUCCAAUCUCCUGAGAAUUGGAAACCUAUCGUUAUGUCCUCCAAAUUGAACUGCAUUCCGACGUGCUGCAAGAGGUCUACAAAUUGGAUGUUGUAUUGACAGUAUAGAGGUCAUGGCAAAACAAUAGAAUCUCUUAUUAACUCUGGGGAAUUGAAUUAUUUCACAUGUAAAACGAUUGGCCCUGUCAUCCAACAUGGCUGUCGUCUUGUCAGUGAUCGUACAAAACUUCCAUAGUGAAUAUAAAUACAUCUUUAUUGUACAACUUUA